AUGCUUGGCGCUGUGGUUGGGCUUGCCCUAUCACUUUUGGCUAUGCCUGUUUCUCCGGAAAUCAUCGGCUUGGAAACGAAAUCGCUUCGAGGAGGAGAUAAGCUAAAACCACCAUCUCAUCCUCUGCGACUAUAUGCGAUGCGUUUCUGUCCAUGGAGCGAGCGAGUUUUGAUCUAUCUUGCCAAAAAGAAUAUCAGAAAAACUUAUGUUCAAAGCUUGAAUUGUUCUAGCGUUGAAGUCGUGAAUGUAAAUCUCUCUGAUAAACCAUCAUUUCUCAAGGAGAAGAAUCCCGAUGAAAGAGUGCCAAUUUUGGAAGAUAAUGGCAAAAUACUCCUUGACUCAGCGCUGAUUUGUGAAUAUCUUGAUUGGACUAGACCCGAGGUGCUCAUCCUUCCAGACGACCCUUAUUUGAGAGCCAAACAAAGAAUGAUCGCCGGAAACUUAGAAGCGAAGAUGCCAUCAGCAGUUCGAGCCAUAGUCGAAGGACAAAGGGUACCGUCAGAGCAGGAAGCAGCACGAAGAGCUGUGGAUGAAGCUUUCGAAGUAGCCGAACGGUUGCUCAAUGGAACCUAUUUUGGUGGUUCGUUUCUUAGACAAAAGUAG